CGUUUUUCCCGCCCAGAAAGAAAAACCUCUCUGUCUCCCCCAGUCUGAAAACCACUCCCAGAAUUCCAGAAAUCCCAAAAAACCAAGAAAAGGAAAAUUCCCCAAGAAACCCCGGCCCGCAAACCCAACUCCGCCACGAAAUCCACCAAGAGUGAUCGGGUUAGGGUUUUUGGCCCCAAAAUGUCGACCCGGAACCGCCGUGCACCGCCUUCAUCAUCUUCGUCCUCGGCGAAUAGGCUCCCAAUUCCGCAGAAUCCGAACAAGAAGGCCAUGGCGGCGAAACCCCAAGUGGCGAAGAAGCGAACCGCUCUGUGUGACGUCACGAACCAAAGAAAUGGGUCUCAAAUUGGUUCACGGAGCUCUGCUUCUUCGUCGAAGCCUAUGGUGCCAUGUACAACAAAAGUUGUGAAGACGAAGAAGGAAACAUCUACUUUCAUUAGUAAUCAUGGCCUCUCAGGGAAUGUUUUUCUGGCAUCACUGAGUUCAAAGUCAAGCAUCUUGGUUCCUUUCAGUGACACGUCAAUUUCAGGAACUGUUGAGUCUAUUGAAACAAUUGCCACUAACCAUUCUCCCAACAGUAGAGGUACUGUUUUUCCUGCUCCCAGUAGCAUAAUACACGCUCUCAGAAGCAAAGAUGUCUCUCCAAGCAGAUCUGUUAGUGGUUCAGUUUCUUUGGACGAGAGCAUGUCUACUUCUAAUUCUUUGAAGAGUCCAGAAUUUGAAUAUAUUGACAAUGAGGACAUUUCAGAAGUUAAAUCUAUUGAGAAGAAGACGAUAAACAGCCUCCACAUUACAGACAUCCCACAAAUAGAAGGAAUUAUUCGGAAGAGAGAUAUAUUUACAGAUACAGUGACAAUAGAAGAAGUUCUUGAUAUAGAUAACAAUCUUACGGACCCACAGUUCUGUGCAACCAUUGCUUCUGACAUAUACAAGUACUUGCUUGAAUCUGAGUUUCUUGGGUUUCAGGUAAAUAGAAGGCCCUCAGUGGACUUUAUGGAAACGGUGCAGAAAGACAUUAAUUCUGGAAUGCGGGCUAUUCUGAUUGAUUGGCUAGUAGAGGUUGCUGAAGAGUUCAGGCUGGUACCGGAGACACUAUUUCUCACUGUCAACUAUGUAGAUCGUUAUCUUUCUGGCAAUGUGAUGAAAAGGCAACGAUUGCAACUGCUCGGUGUUGCUUGCAUGAUGAUUGCAGCUAAAUAUGAGGAGAUUCAUGUUCCUGAGGUGGAAGAGUUCUGUUACAUUACGGACAAUACAUACUUCAAAGACGAGGUUUUGAAAAUGGAAUCUGAUGUGCUGAAUCAUUUGAAGUUUGAAAUGACAGCUCCAACAGCUAUGUGCUUUUUGAGGCGAUUUUGUUCUGUUGCUGAAAUGACCAGUGAGGUUCCACCACUGCUGUUCCAGUACUUGGCCCACUAUAUUGGAGAGUUAUCUCUUCUAGAAUACAGCAUGCUUGGCUAUGCCCCAUCGCUGAUAGCUGCUUCUGCUACUUUCUUGGCGAAAUAUAUACUUUCCCCUUCACAGAAGCCUUGGAAUUCUACAUUAAGACACUACACAACCUACCAAGCCUCUGAUUUGUGUGAUUGUGUGAAAGUGCUGCAUCACCUGUGUUGUAAUGGCAGUGGUUCUAACUUAGCUGCAGUUAGGGAGAAGUACUGUCAACACAAGUACAAGUUUGUGGCCAAGAAGUACUGCCCUCAGUCAAUACCUCCAGAGUUCUUCCACGAUCUGAGCAACUAGAAGCUCACAUUUUGAUGUUUGUAGUUCUUUGUUGAGUUGGUGAGGCUCAUUCCUAUUACAUCCCCUACGCAUAUUUGACGCAAGUUGCUGUUGUGGGAUAAUCAGUUAGCUCUGAUUUGUAUUGUUCCUUGUUCAGAACUCACCAAAAGCUAGUCUUGUACAAAGAAUGUGGUGCAAUUGUUGUUGCUGUAUAGAUACUUUGGUCUACAAUAUAAGAGAUCAACAUAUAGUCAGACAACCCUUCCCCUUAUUUGUUACGCGCUUUUUCUCUAAGAUCAAUAAGAUUGAUGUCCAGUGAUAAA